AUGUCUGCGGUAUCGAAGGAGGUAGGAAACAAGAUUCAUCCGGCCAGCGAGAUGGACGAUCCGCUGUUUCAUUUCGAAUAUGGAUUCUCGUUCAUCUUACUCAAGAGCUCAUUUCUUCUCACUGAACUAGCAGCACUGUUCUCAAUCGUCGUCUACAUGGCUAAAAGAGACGAACGCACGUUCAAUCGAUACAAAAUUCGAAGUCUCUUGAACUUUGGCCCUGGUUCGAUGAGCGAAGACAAGACAGAUUCGGAAUUGAUUCAAGAGAGCUACAGCAACCCGAAAACGCGAUACAAUCGAGGACGACGAGCGGGGAUAUGCAGUCCAUCGUUGUCAGAUCGCACAUCACUCGAUAGCAUUGCAUCACCGGUAGGAAAACGUCCCGAAUACAAAAGCAGUGUCCCACCGCCACCUGGAGCUCUAUUCCUUCCAGGAUUUGGCACGACCUCAUCGCUUGCAUUCGUGAACAAAAAAAACCUCAACGAGAACACUGCCCGCAUCACACAUACCAAACCCAAUCCGGAAUAUUGGAAGCUUGCUUCUCAAGACACCCGAUUUAGAAAGCCUUAA